GGCCAUGUGGUGCAAGGAGUGGUCAAAGGAGGCAAAGAGUGUGAAAUCUGUCAAAGUGCAGCCUUAGAAGAAUGUAGUUAGGAUGGUGGAAAGACAUGGAUAACCGGUAAGAUCCUCUCAUUUGGAAGAACCUUCUUCUUCUGAGAUCAAGAACACAAUGAAGCUGACACACUUGACUGGGUAACAUUGUCUAUUCAGAAGAGAAUCACUGGCAAUCUCAGAAUCAGAUCCCCUUAAAUCAUUUGCUAAUUCAUCUGAAAAGACAUGGGCUUCUGGAUUAUUUUACCCCUCAGUCUCAGUGGUGUCUCAUUCGUCGGAUGCUGGACGGUGUAUGGACUCGCAUUAAGAUUUCACCACAUCUGCCCACUGAGUAAUUGGGAAUACAGCAACUCAUGUCUGGCAAUUGAUACUGAAAGUUGCUGUACAAAAAAUCAAAUACCCACGAUAAGUGGAAGUGGAACCAACUUUCCAGAAAAUUCCCUGUUUAGUGCUACAAUCAACGGGGCUUCAUUUUUAUUUGUGGUUUUCAGUAUUUUCCAUCAUGCACAUAUACUGAACUGCAAUGUGCAUGCCUUCCUCAGUAAGUGUGCCAUGAUCUUUGGUUGUCUUGCUGGAGUUGGUGCCUUUAUAGCUGGAAAUUGCAAUCCAGGCGAGCUUAUUUUUCUGCAUAACCUAGGAGCUGCUUUGAGCUUUGUGUGUAUCUGCUUCUACACGGUACAGCUCACAUUUCUGACAAGCAGGUGUAGGCUAACUGGACUAGAGCACUUCCUCUACCCAAUACGCAUCGUGUUCUCCAGCAUCCAGGUUACACUGACCAUCCUCUACUGCAUUUUCUUUUCUCAAACGGAGGUCUACUACAGGCACAUCUCCGCCAUUUUUGAGUGGACACUCAGCAUGAACCUGGAGCUCUUCGAACUCAGCUACGCCGUGGAGUUUUAUUUCUUCUCUUCUGGAAUGCUUUCAGUACUUCUCUCAAACCGGGAGGAAGAGAGCACUAUCAUUCUGUCCUGAUGUCCAUGCCUCCUUUACCUUAAUAAGCAACAAAUCUUUGUCAUUUCUUAGGAGCUUGUGUCCAAACUGGAAAGUUUAGAGAGGAUGCUAGAGAAGCAAACCCGUAAACCGGCUUAUGAUUCAUUUUUGUGACGUGUAAGCAUAGUUUUUGCACAAAUGCAAGCCUCAGCCUCGGUUGGAAUUUCAUACUUGCAGUAUUCUGUAAACGCUAAAUAUACGCAGGCUGUAUAUAUAUAUUUUUUUACAGAAUUCUCCCUCAGUAGUCACUAUCGUUAGCUUAUUUAAUCUGAUCACAAAAUACCUCAAACAGAAAUAAAUUCAUUGUAUAUGUAUACGAUGGGUUUGUAAAUUUUGUCAGGAUUGGAUGAAGUACAUAUUUAAUAUGUUUUGAGAAACCGAGGCAUGUCUGUUAUAUUUAUAAAGCGCAAGAUCCGUUCAUUUGCUUUGUUAUAUAAAUGUAAGUAAACAUCAUUUACACAUGA